GGAGGCGCACAUGCAUUGAGGGAAGCACACUUGCACACAUAGUAGUAGCAGCCGCAUUUUCACAGGCUGCUCUUCAGACUGACAGCAGCAAACGGAGUUGAGAGGCAGCGCAAUAGAGCGAGGGAAACAAGGCAGGCAUCCAGAGAGGAGAGCAAAGCAGAGGAGGCUCACGCAGGGUUUCCCCUUACUGCCCUUUGGCUCUCUGGGACCCACAAAAGGAAUCUCCUCUGUGCUCUUCUUGAGUUGAACUUGCUUUGCCAGAAGACCUGCACCCCACUAUGGCAGCCCUGGUGGGACAUGGGAACCCUUGUCCCCUCUCAUCUGAUUCCUCUAAACUGUGGACUACCUUUAUUUUGGGUGUGUUGACCCUUUCGACUCAAGUCUGGGGCUUUAACUUGGAUACUACUCACACACUGCAUAAGUUGGGAGACCCUGGCACCUUCUUUGGCUUCUCUCUUGCGCUUCACCAGCAGCGUAAUCCAGACCCUCAGAGCUGGAUACUGGUGGGAGCUCCAAGGGCGGCAGGGCAGGGUAAGUUGACGGGCAGUCGACCAGGAGCCCUGUUCAGGUGUCCGAUCACACCAGAGGAGUACGACUGUGAGAGGGUUGACAUCGAUGGAGACGUGAGGUGGGACAGAGAGAGCAAGCACAACCAGUGGCUGGGAGUUACAGUCAAGAGUCAGGGCAUUGGAGGGAAGGUUGUGACCUGCGCUCAUCUAUACGAACUGAGGCAACGUGUAAACCAGUCGUCAGAGACUCGGGAUCCCAUUGGCCGUUGCUAUGUCCUGAUGAGGACCUGA